AAAUAAUUUUAAGUAACUUACAUUACAUUUUUUUUCCUGUUUCACUGGCAUGUCAUACUGACAUGCAUAUUACAGACUAAGCACAAACUUUAACAUGUGUACCCUUUGAAAAAAUAAACUAAAUAUGAUAAAAAAAAAAAAUUACAAAAAUGCAUUGAUGUACAGUGACAUUGGUGCAUUGCUUGCGACAAAUGGUGACAGCAAGGUCGCAGAGACUCAAACUGAAACCAAAGGAUGAAGCAGUGUACUAUGCUUUGACUUCAAAAGAUAAAACUGGGUUUGAAAUAAAAUACAUAAGCUUAUUCAAAGGUAAGAAAAAAAAGUCUGUUUACGUCAGGGAUCUCCAAUAAUUGUUCUUUUUCAUGACUAAUCUGAAAAAUCAUUUGCUAGGUCGGGGAGUAUUCAGCUCUAGCCACUAUAGAAAAGAAGAUUUUCUAGUUGAAUAUAGAGGAGACAUAAUAACCAAAGAAGAAUGUGAAAGAAGACGCAGACUUUAUCAUAAUGCACUUGAAGUGUUUUUGUUUUAACUGCUUUUUAAUGGAAGACUGUUAUGGUAUGUAUAUUGCUUUAUUAAAUUUGCUAACAUUUAUGUUUCUGUAUUUUCCUUAAAUAUAUAUAUAUAUAAAAAAGGAACUUGUCUUUUCUAAAACUUGAUAAUUUUUUUUGAUCUGCAAUUACUUACUGUGUAAUUUAGUAACUACUGUAAUUACAUGAGGUGGCAUUGUUUUCUAUGAUUCAGGGUUGAUGCUGCAAGAGAAGAUGGCUCGUUGGGUAGACUUAUUAAUGACAAUCAUAUAAACACAAACAGCAAAAUGAAAAUAAUCAAUGUUGAUAGAAAACCCUAUUUGUGCUUAUUCGCAACAAAGGACAUCAGUCCAGGGCAAGAGAUCACUUAUAACUAUGAUGUUUCAGAAUGGCCAUGGAGGAACAAGGUGACCUCUGACACUGAAAUCCAGACCAGUACUUCACUUAGCUGUGCAGGACAGAAAACUGGAACACAGAAGUGUUGUUCAUCUAAACGGGUGACUUCUGACACUGAAAUCCAGACCAGUACUUCACUCAGCUGUGCAGGAGACAAUACUGGAACACAGAAGGUGACCUCUGACACUGAAAUCCAGACCAGUACUUCACUCAGCUGUGCAGGAGAAAAUGGUGGAACACAGAAGGUGACCUCUGACACUGAAAUCCAGACCAGUACUUCACUCAGCUGUGCAGGAGAGAAUGGUGGAACACAGAAGGUGACCUCUGACACUGAAAUCCAGACCAGUACUUCACUCAGCUGUGCAGGAGACAAUACUGGAACACAGAAGAUUUGUAAACUUUAUGUAAUAUCAGUAGCUGUGUCAAGCUUGGAUAAAUGUGCCAGCUGCAGUGGGCCCUACAAUGCAUUCAAGUGGGUUAGGGUGAAAUGUAAAAUCAUUCUCAAAUCUUCUGAAAAUUACGCAAGAAGAAAAACAAAGACCAUGGUCUCCUGAUGAAAUUGCUGCAGUAUUGAGACAUUUCCAAAGCCAUGUUUCCAAGGGUAAACUUGCCACAAAAAUAGAAUGCCAACAAUGCAAAUCCGCAGAGCAUCCUAUGUUGGCAAAUCGCUCCAUUCAAAACAUCAGGGACUUUGUCAGAAACAGGUUUGAUGCUGAAAUGGAAUCAGGUAGAA